AAGAAACAGAUUGACAUUUUUACCGUUUACAUCGUUCAUUCCAUCCAUGUAUUUCGAUUCUACUUUUUUAAUUCAUUCAUUGAUUAUUUUAAAUGUUGAAUUGUGGUUAUUAUUUAUGUUGUUUUACGUUUUGUAUUUUCGUGUAAUGCGUAUUUAAAAAUAAAGUAAAUUUUUUUUGCUAAGAACAGAAGCAUCGGCCAAAAAGUGACACUAUGUUUGAUGUUAUUGCAACAGCAAAGAAUACACAGUGGUUAUCGUUCCCCACGCUGAAUUCAACCUAUUCGUAUUCGCAUGUUGCGAAUGAUGCAGUUGACUUUCAAGUUAUUCCAAGCAAAAAUUGUUUCGUCGAAUUCAAUAAAAAAUUUGGAUUUGAAUUACUGCGCACAAUAAACAUCGAUGGAAAAGAUGCAAUUCAGCGCAUUAAGAAGCGAAAAGUUGACGACGUAUCAUGCGGUGCAAUCGCAAAAGUUAAUGGUGAAGAAAUUGCACUUGGCAUGACUACUGGUUUCAUUCGUUUGUUUAAUGUAACGAGCGGUGAAUUUUUGCCCCACAAAUUCAAACCGGAUCGAGUGGGAAACAGUGUAAUUGGUUUGGAUUAUUCAAAUACGGACGAAUAUUUGGCAGCCGUUUACGAUAGUGCCGACAUUAAUUUAUAUGGUCUCAAAACUGGCAUUCGCACCGACACAUUCAAAUUGAGUGGAAUUUCCACAUUGGUACGUUUUCAUCCGGCCAGAAAGUUUGCAUUGGCCGUCGGUUCGUACGAAGGUGCCAUUACUAUGUUGGAUAUUCAAACAAAAAAGAAGCUAUUCUACGAGAAAACAGCACACGAUGCGCCCAUUCGUGAUAUUUCCAUGUACGAUUCGCAAGACUUAUUUGUAUCAUGUGGAUUCGAUUGUAACAUCAAUGUAUUUGAUUUGCGUAAGCGUCUAAAGGUUCAGCAAUACAAACAACCACAUCCAAUGUCAACCGUUUGCUUAUCACCGUGUGGCAUGUUUUGUGUGGCUGGCAAUUUGAAAGGGGAUGUCAUUUCUUAUGAUUUUCGUUCGAUGAAGGAACCGCUUGAUACAAAACGAGUACAUGACAGCACGGUAGUGAGAGUUGCCUUCAUUCCGAGUCUUGGUACAGUUCCGAAUUUACUACCCGAACAAACUGAAAAUUUCUCGAUGUCAGAAUCACCAAUGUAUGUGUCGGCCAGAUCGCAACGAUCGGGUAGCCGAGAUUCAUUUGCCAAAUUUGUUGAUCUAUGCCAUUACAAUAAUGUGGCCACCGCAGAAGCUUCAACGCCAAAACGUCGAGAUAGUUGGGCCGAUUUGAUGCCAGUCAAUAAAAUUCACGACUUUUCCAUGGAUUCUCUGGCUGACACACCGUGUCGCAUGUCAUAUGGAAAUCGAUCUGAGCUUCGCUUAAUACGCACGCCCAGAGUUUCAUUAGAGCCAUCAAUUGCACCCAAAAUUGAAGCAGUCGAACAAACUGAUGCUGGUGUCAAAGUAAUAGUUACAGAUUUUGACGGUGCUCAGAAGAGAGGAAUCGCAGAUAGUCAACUUGAAAAUAGAAAACCACUUGGUAUGCAUAACAGUAAACAGCGUAGCACAUUUCUCGAAUCGUUUGGUGGGCACAUUCAAAAUACAAUCACAUCUAAAUCUACAAUUGAGGUUCAAAACGCAAGCAAUGCUCUAAGUACACCAACAACUGCAUUAAGCAACGUGCGAAUGAAUAUGGGAAUGGGACGAAAGCGUCGUAGCACAUUCCACGAGUCAUUUUUCACGGACAUUAAAAACACUAAUACGUCAUCGCCCUCAAAAUCGACUGAUGAAAAUGCCCCAAAUAUAGUUGGCCGUGAAGCAAAAACAGUAUCAGGAACUGAUGCGCGAAAAAUGCUUGGCGAAAUAAUCGAUCGAAAUGUGGACGCUACUCGACUGCGUAUGUCAAGCAGCCUUGAAAAGGCCAAAAAUGAGAUUAUUGCAUAUACAACUGAGCAAGCAGAUAAAACAUACAAUGAUAUCCAUAAGGUGCUUGAGCACUUCUAUCAGCUGGGUUUACAGGGUGGUUUUAACCUUAUGUCAACAUUACCAGAGCGAUGUGACCUUCUAGAAAAGGCACUAAUUGACCUGAUCAAAACCGACCCGCUUGCUUUAGAAUAUUUUCGCAUGAAGUAUACAAUUAUUGAUCUUAAGGAAAAGCUUGGUAUUCGUGAACCGGACUUCUUCCAGCAUCUGAAUUGAUGUAUUUGGGAUAAAUACAUGUAUUUAUUAUCAGCUUUGCUGUAAGAGUCCAGAAAUAUAUACGGUCCAAAGACUAGAGUGAUAAAAUUUUGAAAUAAUUGUCGUUAAGAUAUUCAUCUAUUUUUGAAUCGUAAAAAAUACUCAAGUGCAUCCAAAAUUGACAAAAGUUUUUUUGUUGUAAUGCGUUGCCAAUAUCCACGAAGUUUCUUCCCCAUGAAUUCGUCAAAAAUAACGUCUGUCAAUUCUGGAAUUUUCAUAGUUAUUUACACCGAAAUUAAAGUCAAAAUGAAAAAUACACACAAUUUCGACUUUACACAACAAAAUCAAUUGGGGUUUGUUUGUGAAAUUUAUCUAAUGAAUAAUGGCAACUUUAUUAAUAAUGUUUUAGAGAAGUUUCAGUUACAUAUGAAUAAAAAGCAAUAAUACAGAA